AGGAUCAUGGCCAGGACCAAGCAGACCGCUCGUAAAUCCACCGGAGGGAAAGCUCCCCGCAAGCAGCUGGCUACCAAGGCCGCAAGGAAGAGCGCUCCCGCCACUGGUGGGGUGAAGAAGCCUCACCGCUACCGUCCAGGUACAGUGGCUCUCCGUGAGAUCCGCCGCUACCAGAAGUCCACCGAGCUGCUGAUCCGGAAGCUCCCCUUCCAGCGCCUGGUGAGAGAGAUCGCCCAGGACUUCAAGACCGAUCUUCGCUUCCAGAGCUCGGCGGUCAUGGCCCUGCAGGAGGCCAGCGAGGCUUACCUGGUGGGACUCUUUGAGGACACAAAUCUGUGCGCCAUCCACGCCAAGAGGGUCACCAUCAUGCCCAAAGACAUCCAGCUGGCCCGCAGGAUCCGUGGGGAGCGAGCUUAGAUAUAAUCGGGACCCGCAUACAACACAAAGGCUCUUCUCAGAGCCACCUAAUUCUCCAUA